AUGGUUCCUGCCUGUUCACUGAUAAAAGCAAUUGGGAUCAGUGUGGGCAGAUCCACCAGAAGAGAAACAUUUCAUAACAACAUCAGGAAGAGAAAAACACUUGUAGCACAAAGAGCAGUAGUGUAUCAGAAGGCAUCAGGCCAAGGCACUGUGCCUGAAAAGUGGGUGUCUAUUUUGCUGCUGCAGCUUUGCUGCUUUGGAUGUGGGUCCUGUGGGAAAGUCCUGGUGUGGCCAGUGGAUUUUAGCCACUGGAUUAAUAUGAAGACAAUUCUUGAUGAGCUGGUACAAAGGGGUCACAUGGUGACUGUGUUAGUGCCUUCUCCUACACUUCUCAUUGAUCCCACAGACUCUUCAGGGCUGAACUACGAGGUUUAUCCUGAUGUGCUGUUUGCAGAUACUGCAUUUCCAUGUGGAGAUCUGAUAGCUGAGACUCUUGAAAUCCCUUUCAUAAAUACUCGGUUUAGCAAGGGGAAUGCCUAUGAGAAACGCUGUGGGGGACUUCCUUCUCCUCUUUCCUAUGUGCCUGUGCCCCUGAGCAGGCUGACUGACAAGAUGACCUUCAUGGAAAGGGUGGAGAAUAUGCUACAGUUUCUUUUCUUUGACUACUUCUGGUUCCAUUCAUUCCAGAAAAAGUGGGAGCACUUAUACAGUGAAGCAUUAGGAUCCCAGAACAAGAAGACAACUUUAGGGAACAUCUAA